AUGGGUCUCGCGUUCAACAUCGCGCUCGCCAUCUUCGCGGGUACGGGGAGUUUCCUCUUCGGAUAUGACAGUGGUGUUAUGACGGAUGUGAUUCAGUCACCUCACUUUCUGAAGUUCUUCAACACGAGCCCCGAGACGGCGAUUAUCGGCGCAAUCAAUUCGACGUUCUCGGGUGGUGCGGUGUUUGGGUCUUUCAUGGGAGGGUUUACUAUGGACAGCCUUGGUCGUAGAUGGACGGUACUCGUGGGAGCCAUUAUCAACCUGGUCGGUGCGGCGAUGCAGUCUGGAGCUCAGAACUUAGCUAUGAUUCUUGUGGGCCGUAUUAUGGCUGGCUGGGCGGUUGGCGUCCUCUCCAUGUCUGUCCCGAUCUACCAAUCUGAAUGUGCUCAUCCGUCCAAGCGAGGUCUUAUUGUCGGUAUAACCCAGCAAAUGAUCGGUAUUGGUUUCAUCGUUUCCACUUGGGUCGGAUACGGCUCCGCCCACGUACCCGAAACCAGUUCGUUCUCCUGGCGCUUCCCUCUUGGGUUCCAGUGUAUCCCCUGCCUGAUUCUCAUCUGCGGUAUCAUGUUCUUCCCAGAGUCGCCCCGCUACCUCGUCGAGACGGAUCGCUCCGAUGAAGCCCUGAAGGUGCUGCGCAGACUACACUACAACGGUAGCAACGAUGAUGAUAUUCAAGCUCAGUUCCACGAGAUCAAGAGUACAAUUGAGGCCGAAAAGGCUGUUACAGCCCCGGGAUGGCUGAUCAUGUUCAAGGUCAAGCAGUGGCGGACUCGGUUGCUGCAUGCUACUUUCAUGCAGGUCUUUACACAGAUGACUGGUAUCAACGUCAUCGGCUACUACCAAACCGUCAUGUACAAAAACCUAGGCAUCACCGGUCACCGCAACCUCCUCGUAACCGGCAUCUACAACGUCGUCGGCCCCGUCUUCAACGCCUUCUUUAUCAUCUUCUUCCUCGACCGCGUCGGCCGCCGCAAGCCCCUCCUGUUCGGCACAAUCGCCAUCACCAUCGCCCUUGUCUGCGAAGCCGCCAUCGGCUCCCAGGUCCCCGGCGCCACGGGCGCCCGCAAAAACUCCCUCUCUAUCGCAGGUGUCUUCUUCCUCUUCAGCGUCUCCGCCAUCUUCUCCUGCUCCUUCGGCCCCAUCUCUUGGGUCUACGCUUCUGAAAUCAUGCCCCUCUCCAUCCGCGGCCGCGGCUCUGCCUUCGCCACCGGUAUCGGUAACUGGCUCGUUAGCACCGUGUGGUCGCAAGUUUCUCCUAUUGCGCUGGCAAACAUCACGUACAAGUUCUACUUCAUCUUUGUGGCGUGGAAUCUGUGCGUUACGCUGCCGGCGGUUUACUUCCUCUGGAAGGAGACGAAGCAGUUGAGUUUGGAGGAGAUUGAUUUGCUGUUUGGGGAGAGGGCGUUGGGGACGCUGCCUGAUCAUCUGGAUCAGAAGGAGAUGGCGCCAGAAAUUAUGCACGAGGAGACGAAGAAGGUUUGA